AAAAUCUUUGAAAAUGCCAACCAAAACAGAAAAUUAGGAUUUUCCGUCACUUUUUUGGGAAAAUCUCGAUUAAAUUUUUGUAUCACUCGAAAAUUGAAAAUCUCAGUGAUUUGAAUUUCUGCUCCGAUUAAAAGAGAAGAGAAGAAAUCAUGUUUCUGGUGGAUUGGUUCUAUGGAGUUCUGGCGUCGCUUGGGCUAUGGCAGAAGGAGGCCAAGAUCUUGUUCUUAGGGCUCGAUAAUGCCGGAAAGACCACCUUGCUUCACAUGCUCAAAGACGAGAGAUUAGUUCAGCACCAACCGACGCAGCAUCCGACGUCGGAGGAGCUGAGUAUUGGGAAGAUUAAGUUCAAGGCCUUUGAUUUGGGAGGGCAUCAGGUCGCUCGCAGAGUUUGGAAGGACUAUUACGCCAAGGUGGAUUCUGUGGUCUACCUGGUUGAUGCUUACGACAAGGAGAGAUUUGCAGAGUCAAAGAAGGAGCUUGAUGCUCUACUCUCCGACGAGUCACUGGCAACUGUCCCGUUUCUUAUUUUGGGAAACAAGAUCGACAUACCUUAUGCUGCAUCAGAGGAUGAGCUGCGUUACCAUUUGGGCCUGACUAACUUCACCACAGGCAAGGGGAAGGUCAAUCUGACCGAUUCCAAUGUCCGCCCGCUUGAGGUGUUCAUGUGCAGCAUUGUCCGCAAGAUGGGGUACGGUGAAGGCUUCAAGUGGCUUUCACAAUACAUAAAAUAGGGAUGAAUGGGCAAGCAACUAUGCCACAAGCGAUGGACACAGUGGCUUUCCUGCCACUGAUGCUCUCCGGUUGAAUUGACGUUGGCUAUUUAUGCAUCGGUGCUCAUGUAAAGUGGAUAUGUUAUCUUAGAUAGCAAGUUUUUGCUUCGGAACCUAGAGUGCCCUCGUUUCAAUUGCUAUUUUGUGUUCUGGAUAGAUGUGUUAGUUUCCUUACUCUGUAUUGGUAACUAGAUUGCAGAAGCAAUAAAUAUUUACAGAUUGUCAACUC